AUGACAGUCGAUUCAAUCAAUUCAAUCCCAGCUGACGACGUAGACGAUGUCGAUGGAGAGGAAGAUGAAGAUGAGGAUCAAUGGGAUGAUUGGCAAGAUGAUGAAGUAGAGGACGCUCAAUGUUUGUUUUGCAGUAAGAUGGCCAAACCAAAGGACAUUUUAGAACAUUGUCGAGUCGGCCAUGCCUUUGAUUUGAGGCUUGUAAAGCAGGCAUUAGAUCUAGACAUUUAUGGAACAAUCAAGCUAGUGAAUUAUGUCAGAACUCUAGCCCAGCGCGACUCCCACCUAACAAUUCACGACUUCUCUGAAACGCUGAUACCGGACGCGUCCUGGCUAAACGGCGAAACCUACCUAAAGCCCGUAAUCGAAAACGACCCCAUGCUCUACGUCGCCCAGGACGAUGACGAUUUCGAUCAAGACAGUGAUCCAGUAACUGGAACCGACCUGCAACAAACAUCACCACCUGAGAUACAUUCUGCUACAUUGACGCCGCAUCAACAGGGCCGUAGACCUUCCAAUGCUGGUAGUAUCCUCGCGGAUUCACAGACGGUGCUACAGGAUGCGUUGCUUGAAGCUCAGAAACGGGCUGAAGCUGCUGAAGCUAGAGCGAGAGAUGUGCUUAAUGCGUGGAAGGAGUAUAGGGAGGAGGUGACGAGGACUGUUUUGGGGACUGACAGAGCUGAUAUUGCGCUGCCUGCUGAUGAGGAAGUUGAUUAUUACUUUGGCUCGUACGCAGAGACGGAGAUACACGAAUCCAUGCUCAAAGACCGCGUCAGAACAGAAUCCUAUCGAGAUUUCAUGUAUGAUAACAAGGACUUGUUUAAAGACAAGAUUGUACUUGAUGUCGGAUGUGGAACUGGGAUUCUAAGCAUGUUUGCUGCUAGAGCAGGAGCUCGUCAAGUCUUUGCAAUCGACAACAGUCCCAUCAUUGAAAAGGCCAAGAAGAUCGUAGCUGAGAACGGGCUUGAGAAUAUCAUUACGUGUAUUCGAGGCAAGGCUGAAGAAAUCUUGUUGCCUGGAGUGGACAAAGUUGAUAUACUAAUAAGCGAGUGGAUGGGGUACUUUUUGUUAUUCGAGGGCAUGUUGGAUUCAGUGUUCAAGGCUAGAGAUCGGUGGUUGAAACCAAGUGGAUUGAUGGUUCCAAAUGUAGCUAGAAUGUAUAUGGCUGGAAUAGAAGAUGAAGACUGGGUUAAUGACAAGUAUCACUUUUGGAAUGACGUUUAUGGUAUCGUCACGCUUUAUUGCUACUUUUUUGCUAUGCUCGCUUAUUCGAUUGUUGUAGGAUUCAAGAUGACUCUGAUGAAGGAGACCUUCAUGACGAAUGCCCAUGUCGAUAUAACAGCCCCCGACACUGUCAUAACAGAUGCAUGUGAAUUCAAGGAAAUCGACCUUGAAGAAGCAACAUGUGAAUCCCUCGACUUUGCCUCCACGUUCACAAUGGCCGCCACGCGACCCGGACGCAUCCACGCUAUAUGUGGAUGGUUUGACAUUGAUUUUGAAGGUGAAAAGCAGGGACUCGCCUUGACAUCCUUCUCGACAUCACCGACAGCUACGGCGACACAUUGGAAGCAAACCCUGUUCGCGUUAGAUAACCCUAUCGAUGUUGUUGCUGGACAGCGUGUUGAAGGAGAUAUACGCGUCUCGAAACGUGCUGAGAAUGAGAGAGAGUUGGAUGUUGUCUUGAAGAUUAGGAGUGGCAGUGAUGAGGUCAGAACGUGUGUGUAUGUAGUAAAGUAA